AUGCCGUUGAUGGACGAUGGCUUCGAGGCCCUGCUGGAGCCUUUCUACAACGGCAAGAAGCUGACGGAUCCCAUCUCGACCAAGGAGGACAAGUUCCAGCUGCUGCCGGCGUUCCUCAAGGUCAAGGGUCUCUCUUGCGCCAGGCACAUUGACUCAUACAACUUCUUCGUCGAACACGAGAUCAAGGAAAUCGUUCGCGCGAAUCGCACCAUCCGAAGCGAUGUCGACAGCAACUUCUGGCUAGAGUUCACCGAUAUUCGAGUCGACCGCCCUCGCCGACUGGACUACAAUGACUCCAAAUCUCGGACAGAAGUCACGCCGAUGGAAUGCCGACUCCGCGACAUGACGUACGCCGCGCCCAUCUUCGUCGACAUUGCGUACAUCCGAGACAAGCAAAAGAUUGUGCGCAAGAACGUGCCGCUCGGCCGGAUGCCCGUCAUGCUCAAGAGCUGCAAGUGUCGCCUCAGCGGAGCCAACAACUCCCAGAUGGAGCAGAUGAACGAGUGCCCGCUGGAUCCCGGUGGCUACUUUAUCGUCAACGGCACGGAAAAGGUCAUUCUGAUUCAGGAGCAGCUCAGCAAGAACCGUGUCAUUGUCGAGGCCGACGAGAAGAACAAUGUCAUCUCCGCGUCCGUAACGAGUUCCACCCACGAGCGAAAGUCGAAAACGUACGUUACGCUGAAGAAGGAUAAGAUUGUCCUCACCCACAAUAUCCUGGUCGAGGGCGUGCCCAUUGUCAUCGUUCUCAAGGCGUUGGGUGGUCUUUCGGACUACGAGAUUAUGCAGCUUGUGGCGGGCUCGGACGGCAGAUAUCAGGACGAGUUUCUUGUCAACUUUGACGAAGCCGCCAAGGCCGGUAUCUUUACGCAGCAACAAGCCCUGGAGUACAUCGGAUCGCGCGUCAAGAUGGGUUCCAAAAAAGGCCAGUUUGGCGCUCAGGCCCGCCGCAACAACGUCGAAGAAGGAUUGGAUGCCCUAGCUAACCUCAUCAUUGCACACGUCCCCAUUGAAGGACUUGACUUUUACCCCAAAGCCAUUUACGUGGCCAUGAUGACGCGCCGAGUCCUCAUGGCAUCACAAGAUCCCAAGCUGGUGGACGAUCGAGAUUUCGUUGGUAACAAGCGACUGGAGUUGGCUGGCCAGCUGCUCUCGCUCCUCUUUGAGGAUCUCUUCAAGAGGUUCAUGAGCGAGGUCAAGAUGUCCAUUGACAAGUUUCUGAAGAAGAACAAUCGCGCUGUGCCGCUGGACGCUGUGCACAUGAUUAGCAAUCAUGCCAACAGCAUCGGCUUGGGCAUCAAUCGGGCGAUCCAGUCGGGGAACUGGACCGUCAAGCGAUUCAACAUGAACAGAGCCGGUGUCACUCACGUCCUCAGUCGACUCAGUUACAUCAGUGCCCUUGGUAUGAUGACACGAAUUAGCAGUCAGUUUGAGAAGACACGGAAAGUGAGUGGACCGCGAGCUCUUCAGCCGUCGCAAUGGGGUAUGCUCUGCCCGUCCGAUACGCCCGAAGGUGAGGCGUGUGGUCUGGUGAAGAAUCUUGCUCUGAUGACGCACAUUACGACCAACGUGGAUGAGGCGCCUGUGAUGCGGUGGAUCUUCACCCUUGAUGUUGGCGUCGAGCCGAUCAGGAACUUUUCUGGUGCUGAGAUGCACCGCGAAGGCUCCUACAUCAUCCACGUCAACGGCACCCCCUUUGCGCUCACCAGAUACCCCAAGAGGUUUACGCACAGAUUCCGCACGAUGCGACGACGAGGCUGGAUCUCGCCGUUUGUCGGCAUUCACACCAACUCACAUUUCAACGCAAUCCACAUCGCGACAGACGAAGGCCGCAUCUGUCGGCCGUACAUUAUUGUCAAGAACGGCAAGCAGAAGCUCAAGCCGGAGCAUCUCCGUCUCCUCCAGCUGGGCAAGGUCACGUUUGACGAUUUUUUGACAAAGGGUAUCGUGGAGUACCUGGACGUCAACGAGGAAAACGACGCUCUCAUUACGAUUUAUGAGGACCAGGUCACCAUGAGCACGACCCAUCUGGAAAUUGAACCGUUCACGCUUCUGGGUGCCGUUGCCGGCCUGAUUCCCUUUCCUCACCACAACCAAUCGCCUCGAAACACCUACCAGUGUGCCAUGGGUAAACAAGCCAUUGGUGCCAUCGCACACAACCAAUUCAACCGAAUCGACACUCUCCUCUACACCUUGGUGUAUCCUCAACGGCCCAUGGUCAUUACCAAGACUAUCCAGCUCAUCCAUUACGAUAAGCUCCCGGCCGGGCAGAAUGCCACCGUCGUUGUCAUGUCAUACUCUGGUUACGAUAUUGAAGACGCUCUCGUCUUGAACAAGGCCUCAAUAGAUCGAGGAUUCGGGCGCUGUCAGGUGUUCCGCAAGUACACUACGGAGCUCCAGAAGUAUCCCAAUGGAAGAAGAGAACGGAUAGGAGAUCCUGUCAACGAGAUCGAAAACGGCGUUAUGCGAAGAAUUAAGAAACACGAAGCGCUGGAUGCCGACGGCCUGGCCGUUGUCGGGCAGCGAAUCCACUCAGGAGAGGCCAUGGUCAAGAAGGAGACUCCUCUCGACAUGACAACUACCGGCAUCGGCCUCGAUCGUGGCCCUAGCGAGUACCGGGACACGGCAGUCUCAUAUCGCAUCGCCGACCCCGCGUACAUCGACAAGGUCAUGAUUUCGCAGACGGAAAAGGAUACGACGGUCAUCAAAGUGCAGACGAGACAGACGCGAAGACCCGAGCUCGGCGACAAGUUCUCAUCCCGUCACGGACAGAAGGGUGUCGUGGGCAUCAUUGUCGACCAGGAGGACAUGCCAUUCGCCGACAGCGGUCUGUGUCCUGAUAUCAUCAUGAACCCUCACGGUUUCCCCUCCCGAAUGACGGUCGGCAAGCUGCUAGAAUGCCUGACUGGCAAAGCAUCCAUUGUCCACGGCCGCAAGGAGUACGGCUUUGGCGAUGCCUUCCGGUCCCACCCCGUGGAGCAAGUGAGCAAGGUCCUGGUCGACCACGGCUUCUCGUGGGAAGGCAAGGACUACUUCACCUCGGGCAUCACCGGCGAGCCCCUCGAGGCGUACAUCUUCAACGGCCCCAUCUACUACCAGCGCCUGAAGCACAUGGUGCAAGACAAGAUGCACUCUCGCGCGCGCGGUCCCCGAGCGAUCCUGACGCGCCAGCCCACCGAAGGUCGAUCGCGAGACGGCGGUCUGCGUCUGGGCGAAAUGGAGCGCGAUUGCUUGAUCGCGUACGGCGCCUCGCAGCUGCUGCUGGAGCGGCUCAUGCUGAGCUCGGACGGCGUCAUGAUUGACAUUUGCCAGCAGUGCGGGCUCUUUGGAUAUAGGGGCUACUGCGGGACGUGCAAGAGCACGAGGGAGGUGACCAAGAUGCAGAUGCCGUAUGCGGCCAAGUUGUUAGUGCAGGAGCUGAUUAGCAUGAAUGUUGGUGUGAGGCUGCAGUUGGAGGAUGAGUUUCCUCAUCCUACCUAG